CACUCAUGUUACUGCCUCCUUUUUGUGUAAAGGGGAGAGGGGCUUAAGGGGUGUGGGCGGAGGCCGUUUGGGGGGAGGGAAGGCAGACCGGAGAGUCAAGGCUGAAGCUCUGAGGUGGGGGCGGAGAGCAGAGGGAGCUCUAGCAUUUGGUACUACGGUGGAAAAGUAGGACUGUGAGUUUGUCUGUGUGAGCGCAUGAGAAAAAAGAGGGAAAAAAGAUGGGUGGACCAAAGAGACAUGACAAGGAUUAAAGUGGGAUGUGGAGCAGCAGAAGACGGUUUUCGUCUCAGCUGAUCUGGACUCGAACGGGAGGAGAGGAGAGACAAAGUAGAGAGACACAGAAGACAGAGGACUUGCCUGAACAAGAGGCAAAAAAAGAAGACAAUCUGAUAACUGAGGAGGCGUGCACUCGCUUACCGAGGGAGGGGAAAGAAAACUGAGUCAAACCAGACAGACAGACAGGAAGGGUGAGGAGGGAGAGGGGAGUGAGGUAAAAGAAAACAUAAGAGAGAAGAGAGGGGCCAAAGAUUAACACACUUGUGAGAGAGAGAGAGGGAGAGUGAUACAGCCGGUAGAAUGAGCCGAGGAGGGGCGAGGAAAUGUAAAUGAAAAGAGGGGGAGGGCGACAGAGAGCAGAUACUAGUCAGCGUUGGGCAAGGUGAAGCAGGACAGAGACAGGCAGAAGGUGAGGGGGCUAGCUGGGGUGAAGUUAGCAGGGGUGAGGUAUGAGGGGAAAGCCCUUGAGGUCACUCUUCUCUUGGAUGAUCACUCUCCUCUUUGUGGCGAGCCUGCUGACCACUCUCAUUUGGUACGUGCUCAACGACAAUAAUGUGGAACCUCGCAAACUGCCUGCUCGAGAGAAAAGCGCCCCUCAGCCCUCUGACCCUUGUAAAGGCUGCAGGGAGGUCAUCGACAAAGUAAUAGAGCGUUAUUCUCAACCCUGGAAGAAGCAGGAGGACAAUCACCAGAAAUUCAGAUCUCAGCUGAACAGCAAGUGCAAUGGUUUUGAGAAGGCUAUUGUCACCCAGGCCAACACUCCAGUGGGAUCAAAGCUUGUGUACGAUGGGGAAAAGAAGAGGUCCCUUCAGGUGAACCUGGAGAUUUUCAGCACCUUUGCAAAGGAGCAUCCCUUCUCAAACAAAACAUGGGACACAUGUGCUGUUGUUGGGAACGGAGGGAUCCUGACAAACAGCAGCUGUGGACAGAUGAUCGAUUCAGCUCAGUUUGUUAUCAGGUGCAACCUACCUCCUUUGGCGAACGGCUAUGAGAAACAUGUGGGCAUCAAGACUGACCUUGUGACAGCAAACCCAAGCAUCCUCCUAGAGAAGUAUGGAGCCCUCAUGGGGCGUCGACGACCAUUUGUGGAGAGCCUGCGCAGCUAUGGCAACUCCUUGUUGCUCCUUCCUGCCUUCUCCUAUGGCCACAACACUCCUGUUUCCAUGCGGGCCUACUACAGCAUUGAGGACUUUGAAAGCCCCACCCGGCCAGUCUUCUUCAACCCUGCAUACCUCCAGAGUCUGGCCAUCUUCUGGCGCUCCCAGGGCCUGAGAGCAGUGCGGCUCAGCACUGGCAUAAUCAUGGCUAGCCUGGCGCUGGAAGUCUGUAAUGAUGUGCAUCUGUAUGGAUUCUGGCCCUUCAAUCAUCACCCAUAUAGCUUCCACACCUUGACCAACCACUACUACGAUGACAGACAAACAAAAAAGAAAUUCCAUGCCAUGCCGGCUGAGUUCGACCUCCUGUUGCGGCUGCACAGCCAGGGGGUGCUCAGACUUCACCUGGGAGGUUGUCAACCAGGUGGAACGUAGUGCCCAGAUCCAGGGAAGACUGACAGCACAGUAGCAGAAGUGCCUUCUCUGCAGCCUCAGGAUGAAGCCAAUCAGUCAUGAACCUUUUCACACUCUUUUAGUCAAAUUGAUGGAUCUAUUUUGGAUAAUGACACUUGGUUUAAGUCUGCUUGGAGCAGCAGCCAAGACAUUUGCACUGAAAUGAAAAUGCAAGAAUCAUGAGACUAUAAACAUUGUGUAAAUGGCCUUAUAGUGUACAGUAUGAACAACUGUAUUUAUUAACAUAAAUGUUCCAGCUGGAGUCUGGAGGGAAUUAUUUUUAACCUGGAAGCCUUUGUGGCUACAUUUUAGUGCCUUAUGCUAAUCAGCUAACUAAUGACCUUUGUCAUCACCAUGGGAGCUCUUAGCUCAAACUGAAUGUAUUUUGAGCAAAAUCAAAUACCUCCUUUACAUGAAGAUUGUCUGGCUGAGAAACGUUUAACGGACACACAAGCACACUGAAUGUAAAGCUUCUUUUGACAUUUUUGUUAAUUUGAAAGGCACGUCACAUGUUUAACCACUUUGAAAAAACAGAAAUAACUCUGGUAACCAUGGUAACCAAGAGGAAAUGGUUAAAAAUUGAUUACACAAAUGUUUUAAAAUAAUGGUUUCUGUAUUUACUCCAUAUCACUGACACUGCUGGAUGUGAUACGCACAUGAGGUGAAGGGGUCAUGUCCCAGCGGCCUGAACUGCAAGGGAGAGAGGACCUUUAGUGAGGCGUUGAGCCAAGGAUUAAUCAGAGACACCACAGGAGGAAACAAGAAUUACAACCUGUGUAAACACAAGGUUGCUAUGGUGAGCUUUUGUUAAUAUGUGUUAUCCCCCAUGUCACAACAUUUUGGUAAAAUGCUAGUCUGGAAACAAGUUCAUGUAAAUGCUAAAUCAAUACAGAUUUAACUGACUCCAACCUAAGGUGAUACAAUGAUUGUGAAUUCUGCACUUUGGGUUAAAAUUAUUGCUGACAACCUUUGGGUAAGCUAUCUUUAGUAACAAUGGCAUCAAGACUUGUGGAGGGGGUGGGGCAACUGCCUCUUGUGCUGGUACUUAAACAGUCUUAAGAGUGAAAGACAAUGUACAAGCUGUAGAUGACCAAACUUGAGAACUCUUGGUGAGCUGAUUGUAAAAAUCAUAUGAAUGAUUGUGAUUUAUUUUUUGUAAACGGUGCGAUUUGAGAGGGAAAAUGAAGUUAAAGUGAAUAAAUAUUUAUCAGAGAAAGUUA